CCCCCGCUGCUCCUCGACUAUGACGGCUCGGUGCUACCCUUCCUCGGGGGGCUGGGCGGCCGCUACCAGCGCACCCUGGUGCUGCUCACCUGGAUCCCGGCGCUCGUCAUCGGCUUCAGCAAGUUCUCGGACUCCUUCCUCCUGGACCAGCCCGACUUCUGGUGCCGGGAGGCGGACGGGCAGGGCAACUGGAGCGGGACCUUGGCGCCGAUCCACGCCAACCACAGCGGCAACGGGAGCAUCUUCCCCCCGCCGGGGCUGCCCACCCCCGCGGGGGACAACGCCAGCGAGUGCGGCUGCCGCGAGUGGCACUACCGCAUCCGAGCCGGCCUCGUCCAAAACGUCGUGAGCAAGUGGGAUCUUGUUUGUGAUUCUGCCUGGAAAGUCCACAUUGCUAAGUUCUCCCUGCUUGUAGGAUUAAUCUUUGGCCACUUGAUAACAGGAUGUAUAGCUGACUGGGUUGGUCGACGGCCUGUACUGCUCUUCUCUGUCAUAUUCAUUUUGAUAUUUGGACUGACUGUGGCACUCUCAGUGAAUGUGACCAUGUUCAGCACACUCAGGUUUUUUGAGGGAUUUUGCCUGGCUGGAAUAGUCCUCUCCCUGUACGCACUGCGGAUAGAGCUCUGUCCUCCCGGGCACCGCUUCAUGAUCACCAUGGUGGCGAGCUUCAUCGAGAUGGCAGGGCAGUUCCUCAUGCCAGGGCUGGCUGCCCUCUGCAGGGACUGGCAGGUCCUCCAGGCUGUCAUCAUCUGUCCCUUCCUGCUGAUGCUGUUUUACUGGGUUAUUUUCCCAGAGUCUCUUCGGUGGUUGAUGGCUACACAACAGUUUGAGGCAUCCAAGGAACUGAUCCUUCAGUUCACGCACAAGAACAGGAUGAGCACAGAAAGUGACAUCAAAGGAGUGGUGCCUGGGCAUAGGAUGGACGAAUCAGUGCAUAGGAUGGACGAUGAUGUGGGAAUGAAGCUGUUGUCUGUUCCUCAUUUGUUGCAGAAUUUGGAAGAGCUGGAAAAGGAAAUCACCAGGAGACCAAAGAAAGUCUGCAUUGUUAAAGUGGUGGGAACAAGGAACCUGUGGAAAAACAUCGUAGUGUUGUGUGUGAACUCGCUGACUGGCUAUGGCAUACACCACUGUUUUGCCAAGAGUAUGAUGGGGCACGAAGCGACGAUGGCGAUCACCCACAACUUCUAUGCGGACUACUACACCAUGGCUGGGAUUGCCCUGGCAUCCUGCCUGGCCAUGUGCCCUGUGGUGGGCUUCCUGGGCAGGAGAGGAGGACUCCUGCUCUUCAUGAUACUUACAGCUCUGGCAUCACUUCUGCAGCUGGGCCUUCUCAACUUGAUUGGAAAAUACAGUCAACUUCCAGACUCAGGUAUGAGUGACAGCGUCAAAGACAAAUUCUCUGUUGCGUUUUCCAUCGUGGGUAUGUUUUCUUCGCAUGCUGUUGGAAGCCUCAGCGUGUUCUUCUGUGCUGAAAUCACACCCACAGUAAUCAGGGGAGGCGGGCUGGGGCUGGUCCUGGCCAGCGCGGGCUUCGGCCGCCUGACCGCCCCCAUCAUGGAGCUCCACAACCAGAAAGGUUACUUCCUCCACCAUGUCAUCUUCGCCUGCUGCACACUCAUCUGCAUCAUCUGCAUCCUGCUGCUGCCCGAGAGCAAGAACCAGAACCUGCCUGAGAACAUCCCGGACGGGGAGCAUUACACCCGGCAGCCCCUCCUGCCGCACAAGAAGGGGGAGCAGCCGCUGCUCCUGACAAACUCUGAACUCAAGGAUUACUCCGGCCUCCACGACUCGGCGGCUGUGAGCGACGGCAUCUCGGAGAACACCACUGCCAACGGCAUGAAGUCCAUGUAACUGGGUGGAUUUUUUUUCCUUC